AUGAGUCUCUUCAGAACCAUUUGGAGGACUACCGUCAUAUUUCUCCUGAACAGAUGUUCCCUACAAGUUCCAGCCAGCCCAUCAGGUCCGAGGAUGGGUAUCAUCUGUCAGGGGUCUGUGACUGUAGAACCUGGGCCACUCUUCCCCAUGGGUUCCAACCUUACAGUGUACUGCACAACCACAAGGCCCCACUGUGACUACAGUUUAUCUGUGGAACUGAAUGGGCAGGACCAGAGGCCACUAGAGAGGUUGAACUGUUCCACUGUCCGGCUGAGACUGACUAACCUCCGCACACCAAACUCCAUUCUGGUCUGUAGGCUGCGGACUCACACAGACGGACGCAUACAGACUGUCUGUGGACUAGACCUACACACUGGAUACCCUCCUGAAGAGCCCAGUGGUAUAGCCUGCCAGGCUCCCAGGGACUCAGAUGAGAUCAGCUGUAGCUGGAGCAGAGGACGGGAAACACACCUGGUCACAACGUACAAUGUCUCAGUCAGGAGUGUAAACAGAGCCCAGGUGUUUCACCGUGGGAUCCCGGGUACUGGUGUGUUCAGUAUUCCACGGUUGGAGUUGGAUGAGAAUGAACAGUACCAGCUGAGUAUAAGAGCUCACAACCACCUGGGAGCAUCACUGUCCCAACCCUUCAACUUCUCUGUCAACGAUGUAGUGAUACCAGACACCCCUCAGAUCAUGAACCUGGAGUUUUGGAGUGGCUCCAGGGUAGCUGUAUUGCACUGGAACUGCGCAGAAUACCCAGAACCUUUAAGACCCCACGCCAGGCUCAGAACAGGCAAUGGCUCCUGGGUGGAGCUACACUUGGAUCCUAGCAGUGGCCUGGUCAAGGUGGAGGGCCUGAAGCCCCUGACACAGUACGAGUUCCAGAUCAGAGUCUGUUUCUCCAUAGAGAGGCCAACCUCCGCACAGAGGCCCACCCCUGCGCUCAGGCCCUCCUCCACCCAAAGGCCCCUCUGCAGUAGAUGGAGCCCAUCAGCUAGUAAAACAAGCCCAGGCAUAGCCCCCACUAGAGAGCUGGAUGUCUGGAGGGUGUUGGGUGUCCCUGGGGUGGAUGGGGUUCAGGACGUGACAGUACUGUGGAAGCCCCUGUCUCCAGGUGACUAUAGUGGUCAUGUGUUGAGGUAUGAGCUGGUCUACCUGCAUGAGGGUCAAAGACAGGAGGUCACCUAUCCUGCUGAUGUCACCCAGUGUUCUGUCCAGGUGUCACCUGGGGUUCAGGAGUUGUCUGUCAGGGCUGUCACCUCCUACGGGACAUCUCCACAUGCUACCAUACACCUCACACACACAGGUGUGUCUGGGCCUGUUCUGAGAAGCCUCAGUCCUGCAAACGUAAAAGGAGGGGAUGUAGUUGCCCUGUCCUGGUCGUGGGAUGGAUCUAGCGGGGCAGAAGUAGAGGUACUGUUGGGCUUUUUAGUGGAGUGGAAGAGUGGACAUCUGGAACUGGGCUGGCAGAGAGUGGCCAGGGAGAGAAACACAACUCUCAUCACAGGUCUUACGCCAGGAGUGAGGUAUAAUGUGUCUCUGUAUGCUGACACUACAUGGGGUGUGUUCAACCCCUCAUCUGGCCUGGUCUAUUCCAGAGAAGAGAAACCUGUGUCGGUACCGAAGGUGUCAGUGUUGGCCCAUGAAACCAGACGGGUUCUGAUCCAAUGGGAGGAGCUACCUGUGGACCAACAGAGAGGCUUCCUAACACACUACAACAUCUACCUCAGGAGACUGGACUCUGUCAUGGACCAGAACCAGAGGGUGACUGUAUCAGGGUCAGAGCCCAGUCAGAGGUGGCUGGACUGUCCUGAGGGGGCCGUGGCCCUCAGAGUGUCUGCCUCCACGGCUGCAGGGGAAGGACCACAGGGGGAGUGGCUAUUCUCGCAGUCUCCAGUCACUGCAGUUGGGUUGGUGGCUGGCGUGUCGCUCGUGGCAACCAUCGUCAUGGUGAUAAUGGCGAACCUGAUGUGUUGGAGCUGUGUGAGGAAAAGGAUCAAACAGACAUGUCUAUCCCUGGGCCCUGUCUGGCUUUCUGAGAACCUCCCCAAGCCUGGAAACAGCAAUGCUAUCAGACUACUGAAGAAUGAAGAGCCAGUGGACCCAGCUUCGUCCUGGCUGUUCACCCUCAGUGACCCACCGCUGUCCCCCAUUGAGGAGAUCCCUCCUGGGGAGAGGGAGAAACUGUACCCCAUCAUCCACAUCAAGCGUCUCCAGGCUGGAGCCAGGGCCGGGGGAGGAGAGGGGACAGGAGAAGGGACGACACAGACCGAAUGCACAGCAGCACCUCUGGGGAAUAUCGGAUACAAACCUCAGAUUACAACCACAGCUCCACGAGACAAGAAGGAGAAGGAGGAAUACAGGGGACACAUUCCCAGCUGUAAGAGAACAGACAGAUGCCCUGAGGAGUCCGGAGGACUGCUAGGAGGCUGGCUGUGUAAUGUAACAGUAGAUUUCUCUGGCAUUUCUCCAGGACUGGAUCUGAUCUCAAUGGGGCGGCACACCUCCCCAAGCCCUCCCAAGAUAACAAGCCUCUUUUCUGGGGACACGUGGCUGGAAGAAAAGGGGUUGGAGGUGGAGGUGGGCCUUGGCUCUCUGGACUCAGCACAAGGACAGAAUGUGGCUCUGGAGGACCCAGUCAGCUGUCUGGCUAAGACACUGACCACUGGUUACUUCCCCCAGGCUGCUGACCUCAACACCACUACCUACAACCACUGACAGAGACAUCUUUAAAGCAUUAUAUUCUCCAUCCUUUAGUGAUGAGAGGAAAGGCAUUUUUCUGCCCAUCUGAACAACAGUUCCAAUGAAUGGACUUUAAUACAAUUCUAGCAAAGUUUACAGCCAUACCAUUGUUUCAGAAUGAUGAACGGACUGAAAGGACACAUACCUCAAUUACAUGAUAUACUGUAACUGUGGAUUUAUAAAAAUUUCUGCUCGCUGCUAUAUACAGAUUAUUGUUCACUAUAAAGAGUAUUUCUGUUGAUAAAUGAGUGCGAACCCAUUACACCCCUUUGUUUAUCUGAAUUAGCGGGUUUUACGCUCCAGCCACGCUU